AUGUCCCUCGAGGUGCUCCGCAGUCGGACCAACUACAAUGCCAAGCAGUAUGGACUGGUCCACAUUUUACAGUUCAGCGACUACGUCAAAGUGGGCGCUUCGACUCUGGACGAGCCCAAGCCGAAAAGAGAGUCGCAGUUGAUAGCACGACUCUCAAAGUACAAGCUGGCUCUCAUGACGACCAGCUGUCGUCUCGAGAGCCUUCCGGCAGUCGUGCUGUGCCCUACUCCUGCACAGGCGCUCAUCCUAGAAGGAUUUCUUCAUCGAUUUAUGAGGUAUUACUACCCACAGAUGCUGGUCCACCACACGGCCACAGGGGCGGGGACGUGUGAGCUCUACAAAGUAGAGGCUCUCGGCAUCCUGCUGAACCAGCUCCAUCACUACUCUCAGAGACCGACGAGCGCGAUCCAGAAGUGGAAGAACUGGUUCGACGGCGAUGAGGGACCAGACGCGUCUCAGGACCUGCCAGAGAGCCUGGACUUGUGA